AUGCAGUCAGACUUAUUUUCUAACGAAAUCGUUGCUCUGAAUCAAAACCGCGCGGUGUCGAAAAGCAGCCCGCUCUCUAAUCUCAAUCCUUAUAUGAACGAGGACGGACUCAUUCGAAUUCGAGGAAGACUCCGUCGAGCUUACCUCCCAGGAGCGACGAAGAAUCCAAUCGUAUUACACGCGCAUCCGCUGUUGGUACUCAUUAUCCAGCAUCAUCAUCUGAGAACGUUGCAUGCCGGUUCGCAAUUAACGCUCGCGUCAUUGCGAAACGAAUUUUGGAUUCUCCGAGCUCGCGCCACCGUUCGAUCCGUUCUUUACAAAUGCCAACAAUGUACGCGUGAACGCGCCGCCGUGCCCGUCGAACUCAUGGGUGACCUCCCGGCUGUAAGAGUCAACCGCACCGUUCGCGCCUUUAUUCAUACCGGCGUCGAUUAUGCAGGUCCGAUCGCUGUCCGCACGGCGCCCGGUCGAGGUCAUAAGUCGCAAAAGGCGUAUAUCGCGUUAUUCGUAUGCCUCACAACCAAAGCUCUGCAUUUAGAGCUUGUAAGCGAUUAUACCUCUUCUACUUUUAUCGCAGCGUAUCAACGCUUCGUUUCUCGGCGAGGAUUACCGACGUCCAUGUAUUCGGACAACGGAACCACAUUUCACGGCGCCGAUCGCGAACUUUCGAGCGCACAUGCCGCUGCCAUACGCGAUCCUAAUUUCCGUAGCCGACUCGCUUCCGACGGAACUGUGUGGCACUUCCUACCUCCCGCUUCGCCGCACUUCGGUGGUCUGUGGGAAGCCGGCGUUAAAAGUGUUAACGUCUAG